AUGGACAUGACAAGUAGCGCGGUCUGGUUUGCCAUAGCUCUUUUGUCCCUCAGUGUCGUGGUCACAAAGAUUGUGUCAGGAAGACUAAUUACAUCUGAUCGAAGACGCCUUCCACCCGUUGUUAAUGGCAUUGCUAUGCUAGUACUAGUACCAAUUUUCAUCAGAAACGGUCGACAAGCUACAAUCCAAUACCUGCAUACCAAGUUUGGUAGUGUAUUCACAAUAAGUUUGUUUGGACUAAAGCUAACCUUCUUGAUCGGGCCAGAAGUUGCAGAUCAUUUCUUUCAAGGGUUGGACUCAGAAAUUAGCUAUGGUAAAAUCUAUGAGUUCACUGUGCCAAUGUUUGGCCAAGCAGUUGGUUAUGGUGUAGAUAGCACCACUCAGAAUGAGCAGAUGCGGUUCUCUAGUGAUUCAAUGACGCCACUGAAUUUGAGGAGGAAAGUUGAACCAAUGCUUCAAGAAGUAAAGGACUACUUUUCACAAUGGGGAGAAGAUGGCAUAGUUGAUUUGAAACAUGAACUGAAGCACUUGCUCAUGCUGAUUUCGAGCCGUGCCCUGCUUGGGAGGGAGGUUCGGGAGGAAGUGUUCAUGGAAUUCUGUCAGCUAUUUUCUGAUAUUCAAGGAAGCGCAAAUAUGAUCAAUUUAUUAUUUCCUUAUGUUCCAAUUCUGACAAACCGCCAACGUGAUAGAGCACGCAUAAAACUCAUAGAAAUACUCUCUGAAAUUGUGAGGUCACGGAAGUUGUCUGGCCCAGUGGGGGAUGGUGAUAUGCUACAGAAAUUUAUGGAUUCCAGGUAUAGAGAUGGCCGCUCCACCACUGAAGAAGAGAUCGCGGGGCUUUGUAUUGCCAUUUUCUUUGCUGCAAAUCACACUUGCUCCCACGCCAUUACCUGGACCGCUGCUUAUCUGCUGAGCCAUGAAGACUGUUUAACAACUGUUGUUGAGGAGCAAAAGAAUAUCAUUAGGGAAAACAAGGACCGCAUAGACUAUAACAUCUUGUCACAUAUGCAUUUUCUUCAUAGGUGCAUCAAAGAGGCACUACGGAUGCACCCCCCAGUACCAGUAUUUCUUCGCAAGGCACAUAUGCCCUUCACAGUGCGGACCAAGCAAGGCGACCAAUAUGACAUCCCAAAAGAUCACAUCCUCGCAAGCCCUACCAUACUCAACCAUAAUAUGUCUUAUAUUUAUAAGAACCCUCAGCAGUAUGACCCGGACCGGUUUGGUCCGGAAAGAAAGGAGGACAAAAUUGGUGGUAAAUUUUCAUACACAUCAUUUGGUGCUGGAAGGCAUGCUUGCUUUGGCGAGGCCUAUGCUUAUAUGAAGUUUAAGAUGAUAUGGAGCUACAUGCUAAGGAAUUUUGAAGUAAAACUACUCUCUUCGUUCCCCAUAGAAGACUCCCGCAAGUUUGUCCCAGAACCUCAAGGAAAAAUGAUGGUUAGUUACAAGAGGCUUCGAUAA